AUGAACAUAGUGGAAGCAGCUUAUGAUUACUACUGGAAGCAUGUCAAUACUCAUGAAGCUGUGGACAUGUGGAGAACCACCUCAUUCAUUACACUGGACUACGUGAACCUCAUUUACUACACGAGACUUCAAAGGAUUCUGGGAUCUCUUACAUCCAGCACAAGUGUAAUGCCACAGCUCUUGCCUUCCUCCUGCAUCUUCACAGAGAGGAAACUAGAUCCCCCUCGGCCCAUGGUAUCAUAUGCCACAGGCUAUGAACCACUGGCAUUCUCUGAAACCAUCAGUAGAGGCCCAUUCCGGGAUUCCUCUAUAAUUGCCCUGCCUGUACAGGGACCCAAACAGCAUUGUCAACAGCCAGACUUUUUGCAUGCCUGCAGGAACUGCUGUGACAUAACUGAUUCAUGUGUUUAUCCAGGAGGGAGUGGGAAGGAUAGUGGGGAUGGAUGGCGGGUUAAUGCAUGUGAUGCUGGGGGAUGGGUUGUGUUGGGAACUCAAACUUGUAGGUGUGACAGCCCCUACAAAAUAUAUUAUGGGAGCCGCCACAAUUGGCACAUGUGCAUAACUGUGCACAGCAGUUCAAUCAUUUAUGUCCAGCUUGGCAAAUCGAGGCAGUUCAGCCUUGUGGACAUUGCUACGAACCUGACACAUCGUUUCUCUGUUUUAAGUGGCCUUUCUGUCAUUUCCUUUGUGUCGGCGCCAGCAAAUGAAUCUAAUCGUCGACCAUGGUCUAGAGUUUCAAGGAAAAGGUGGCAUCAGUCAACAUUAGAGAAUGAAUAUGCGCACAGCAAGACCGUCUGGCCAGUGGCCCAGACAGAAGCUCUGUUCUUACCAGAAUUUCCUGUUGGAAUAGAGGAGAAAUUGAAGUUAAUUUUUUUAGGUGAAAUUAGCAGAGGAGCUUUUGGUCAAGUGUUUCAUGUGAGAUGUGCAACAACAAACAAAGAAUAUGCCAUGAAAGUUCUAUCAAAGUCACAGGUGUGCAGCUUAGAUGCUGUCAGCCAGGUGAAACAAGAAGUUAUGAUUCAACAUGUGUGCAGCCAUCAUCCCUUUGUCACACCCCUUGUCCAUUAUUGGCAGACUCGCAAGUUGCUGCUCGUUAUGACAGAAUUUGUGGGAUAUGGCGAACUGCAGCAGCUGUGGCGAUCCUUAGGCAGACUCCCGGAAAACCUUGUCAAGAUCUAUUUGGCACAGAUUGCACUUGCACUUGGUAAGGUUUGUAGUUUUUGAAGUAGAUAUGAUAUUGCGAAUUGUUAUUUGGUUGUUACCUUUUAUGUAUUGAAAGAUAAAGAAUGAUUUAUGAACAGAAAUAACAAAACUG